CUCUAAGAAAUGAUCCUGCACUUAUCUGAUUUAUUUUAAAAUAAUGGUGUCAAAACUGAAAUUUUACUUGUUUUGACAAUUACAUAUCCAUCUUUUCAGUAACUAGUUGAUAGAUUUGUAUGUUGCAGAGUUAAUGGAGAUGCUUUUAAAAUAUUUGGAGGAAGAAGUUCUUUUUCUUUCAGAUAUAUUUCAGAGGAGAAAAGACCUGAUUCUAGAUCAUUUUGGCAAUACAGAAUUGAUUAUCCCCAUUGCAGUAAUUUAACAUCGUCAAAAGCACUUCAGAUGAACUUGAAAUCCAACUGUAUUUUAGAGUUUAAAAAUAUUUAAUUUGAUUAAACAUUGCUUUUAUAAAGUUCUGACAAUGCCAAUUCCAUGCAUAGUCAACAAAUAAUAAUCCUUAGUUUACAACAAAACCAACUGUUAAGACUUUAGAUGGAUAUACCUGCAGUGCUCCAGAAUCUACAGUUGUGUUUAUCCUAACACCUACCAUGGCAGCAUUAAGCUACUUGACUCCUAUGUGUAAGUUAGAUGGAAAUUAUGCCAUCAUAAAAAAACACUGUUCACAUUUUAAUCCCUUCCUCCUCUUUGUUCACCUUGAUGGAUUUGUAUUUUCCUACUGAAGUGUUGGUCCCAAUUGUGGGUUUACCUCACUUUGUUUCUUGCCCCUGUUGCUGGAAAAACAGGCACAUCGCUUUUCUUCCCUUUGGUGGGUGUUUAAGGAUAUGUGGAUUUCAUUGAUACACUGAUACAUUUCACUUCAAUUCUUGUACAGUACUCGAACGUCAGUUCUUGUACAGUACUUGAUAUUUUCCCAUCUGAUGCCUUCUUCGGUCCAGUAAGGAAACAAACAUGGUUUUAUCGUUAUUCUUAAUACUUGAACUAAAAAGAAAAGGAAAAACCCUUGUCCAUGUCACUUGAUUAGAAGAUAAGAUGUAAGAGAACUCCACCAUUUCAGUGCCAUCAAUGAGCUUGUAAAAACGCAAGCAAGCAUAACCCAUUCACAUUUAUUUCUGUCCCUUCGGAUGUAAGGGGAAAGUAGCAAACUCUAGUCAAGUUCACUUAGUUAAAAAAAAAGGUCCACCUUUAACCAUUCCAUCUAUGAAUUAUUUAAAAAUGCCUAGCUUUUCACAUUUCCACUGAUGAAUUUGUCCGUGAAUGUGUUUAUGGGUGUCUACACACACACACAUAGACUAAAAAGUCCAGCCUUUCACCAUUCCAUAGUCCAGCAACCCAGGAUGAAAUAGUGGAUGAGGCUUUGUUGAGGAUGACAUGUAUUUCUGCUCUUAAGAGAUAUUAAUGGCCUAUCCUUGACAUAAGGCAACCUGGUUGGCAAAUCAAUCCUUAAGGAUUUUUCUGGUUAUUUUCCCCAAGAUACUUUAUGGAUGCCAGGAGUUGAACAUACAAAUUUCUGGAAUAUACCCACUUCAUUUGUAAAAUCUAGAGAAACUAGUCUAAUUCAAUACAUACCAUAAAGGAAUAGUAAAAUACAAAAUUAAUUAAAGCAUGGCUCUGCAUGUGGUCAUAGUUGGAUUAGAUGCAGCUGGCAAAACAUCUCUGCUUUACCGUCUGAAGUUUCAGGAGUUUAUCAAGAGUGCACCUACCAAGGGCUUCAACAUGGAAAAGAUCCGAGUGCCACUGGGAACCUCUCGCAUCAUCACUUUCCAAGUAUGGGAUGUGGGCGGCCAGGAAAAACUGCGUCCUCUCUGGAAAUCCUACAUGCGCCGAACAGAUGGGGUUGUUUUUGUAGUUGACUCAGCAGAGGUUGAACGUUUGGAAGAGGCUCGAGUUGAAUUGCACAAAAUUACACACUCCUCAGACAAUCAGGGAAUUCCUGUGCUUGUGCUGGCUAACAAACAGGAUGUGGCACAUGCACUCUCUGUAGCUGAGGUGGAGAAGCACCUUGGCUUACAUGAACUAUAUACUUCAACUUUGAGCCACAUCCAAGGUUGCAGUGCCAUUAGUGGACUAGGCCUUCAGCCAGCUCUGGAAAAACUGUAUGAAAUGAUUCUUAAACGCAAAAAACUCCUUCGCAAUGGUAAGAAGAAGUGCUGAGAAACAAUGUUUCCACCUGGACAAAAGUUAAUAAUCAUUCCAAGCAUGAUUCAUGGCAAUUAAUGGACCAGGUCUUCAGUUUCUUCCUUAGUGGUUUUUAAUUAUUGGACUAAAGGGUUGUUUAAUAUCUAAACAUUUAUCAUGUCUACUUUCCUCUUACCCUAAAGAGAAUGAAUAUCUGUCUAGACUGGGGAGGGAUAAAGUUUUUUCAAAGUAAUGGGUUGUGCUCUAUGUGUUCAGUAAACCCUUCAUAGUUAAGUUUACCUUUAAAAAUAUCUCCUUUGACUCUUUUCAAAGGCUCUUGUUUUUUACAUAAAGCAUAACUUAAAUUAUUAAACAAAUUGUUUGUGGGCUUCAACAAGGCAUUUUUGUCAUCUUCAAUAUAUUAAUCAGGCAACUGGAGUGAGGAGGAGCUACCAGCUUCUUUGGGAAAAAGCAAGCAUCAGAUGGUAUUUCUUGGAAAGACGAGUAGCAUUUCACCUUCAGCAAAGCCCUGCUGGACCUCAAGGCACUAUAGAUAUCAUCAUUUACUCUUCUCAGCAUUUGCAGAUUACAUGAGCAAGAAGAAUGAGGAAAAGGCAGCUGAAACUGUUUAUAUUUUCUUGGAUCCUUCACUUUUUCUAAUAAUGGCAGUCUCUACUUUUUUUUUUAAUAGAACAGCCAACUAACUCCCUCAUCUCAUUAAGAACAGAGUAUGCCUUAUUCCCAGAUAGGCUAAAGCUUUGGCAUAGUUCAUUUUAGAAAUAAAGUAUUGGAUAUACCUUUGCCUGAGAGGAUGAAUUGGCUUUGAAUUGUAUGAUUGGAGAGAAAGGUAAAGGAACAGAGCGGUUCAUAAAAUGAGACAACGAUGAGUAGCAGGUGUUUCUUUUCUGAUAAUACUUCCCACUUCCAAGCACAAUUAGCAGAAGUCUAGAUUUGGCACAGCUUAUACUUUGACAAGAGUUUGAAUUGAGGCAGUACUUCCAAAUGAAAUUUUCAAGGCCUAGGUUACUAGGUUCUAGUAAAGAAUAAUUUUAAAAAGCGAAGUUUGUUAGAAGAAUAAAUUGCCUAUGAU